AUUUGACAAAAAAAAUUUAGUUAAUAUUAUCUAAAGGUUUAAUUAGAAAAAUUGUAGUAUAUUAUCAAAAAACAGUACUAAAUUAAUAUAAAAUUUUGAUUUCGACACAUCGACAACGUUUUUGCAUGCAUGCAAACAUGAACGAGAACAACUUAAAUGCAAUUAACAUGGACGAAAAUAAUGUCAACAAUAACCAUGAGGGAGAGGAUCAAUUUCAGAAAUACGUAUUAACUGAUAAUGCAGGAUAUGAAGAACUCAUUGACAAAGAUAAGACUACUGAAAUCAUUGGUUUUGUCGAGGAGAUUUCAGCUCCAAGAGAUGUAGGCAAGCAAAACCAAUUCAGGCUCUUUAAAUUUGUAUUAAGCAAUGGGGAAAGAAAGGUGUCAUGCUGCGUUUGGCAGAAAGAGAUAAUUGUCAAGUACGAGCCUGAAAUUCAAAUUAAUAAAGUUGUCCACAUCAUAGGAGGUUUAACAAAAGUGCAGGGGGAGAAGUAUGCCAAAAAAGUGAGCGAUGGAUAUGUACCAUUUGAAAUCAUUAUCCAGCCGAGCACUGAGAUAGAGUAUUUGGGAUUCCAUAAUUUACAGGAGAAAGUGACUUCCAGUCGAUAUUUGGAAAUUUAA